AUGGCUGACAUGGGCCUAUCUCUUCCCGAAGGACGCACACCUUCAGAGAAAGCAAUCGUUGCAAAGGUAAAAGCUGCCCCUAGGCAUCCUAUGGUACACUCAGAAAAGUUACGAAAAGCUAGGGCAGCAGGGCUUAUGACGCCACUUGAAGGAAAAUCUCCAGCACAAAAAGAAAAAAUACUAAAAGGUUUAGCAAUGCACGGCAUCCCGUUACCAGAAGGAAAAACAUCAUCAGAAAAAAAGCUUGUCGACCAAGUACGCAAAGAUCUUGGCCUUCCACCAGAACCUAAAACUGCUGCAGAGAAAGAAAAUUAUGCAAGAGGUGUGGCAGCAGGAAUUAUUGUCCCACUAGAAGGGAAAACAGCAGCUCAAAAAAAAAAGAUAUUAAGUGACAUGGCAGAUGCGGGUAUACCUCUUCCAGAAGGUCGUACGCCAUCAGAAAAAGCGCUCGUUGCAAAAGUAAAAGCAGCUCCUAGAGCACCUCCUAUACCAUCGGAAAGGCUUAAAAAAGCUAAAGCAGCUGGACUUUUAACUCCUCUAGAAGGCAAAUCUCCAGCCCAAAAAGAAAAUAUUUUAAAAGGUCUAGCUAUGCAUGGCAUACCGUUACCUGAAGGGCAUACUUCUUCAGAUAAGAAACUCGUAGAAAAAGUUCGUGGCGAACUAGGUCUCCCACCAGAACCAAAAACUUCAGAAGAAAGAGUAAAUUUUGCCAAAGCAAUGGCAGCAGGGGUUAUUGUACCAUUGGAAGGAAAAACUCCCGCAGAAAAGGAAAAAAUUCUUACUGAUAUGGCUGAUAUGGGCGUUCCAUUACCAGAAGGACGAACAGCUUCUGAAAAAGCACUUGUCGCUAAAGUUAAAGCAGCUCCUAGAGCUCCACGAAUACCAUCAGAAAAGCUGAAAAAAGCUAAAGCUGCUGGUUUGUUAACUCCACUGGAAGGUAAAUCUCCUGCACAGAAAGAAAAAAUUAUAAAAGGUUUAGCCAUGCAUGGUAUACCUCUGCCAGAAGGAAAAACAGCAUCAGAAAAAAAACUUAUUAGCAAAGUCCGUGGCCAACUCGGUCUGCCGCCUGAACCCAAAACACCGUCCGAAAAAGAAAAAUUUGCAAAAGCGCAUGCUGCUGGCCUUAUAGUACCCUUAGAAGGAAAAUCACCUGCAGAGAAAGAGAAAAUCUUGCGAGGUAUGGCAGAUAUGGGUAUUCCCCUUCCUGUUGGAAGAACACCAUCUGAGAAAGCACUCGUAGCAAGGGUGAAAGCCGCUCCCAGAGCUUUAUCUAUUUUAGGACCACCUUCAGAAAGGUUAAGAAAAGCCAAAGCGGCAGGAUUAGUAACUCCACUAGAAGGAAAAACACCUGAACAAAAAGAAAAAAUUGUGAAGGGUUUAGCGAUGCACGGCGUACCACUACCUGAAGCCAAAACACCCUCUGAAAAAAAAAUGUUUGAUAAAUUACGCACUGACCUUGGUCUUCCACCAGAACCAAAGACACCCGAAGAUAAAGAAAAUUAUGCGCGUGCCCAAGCUGCAGGUCUCAUUGUGCCCUUAGAAGGUAAAACCCCAGCUCAAAAAGAAAAAAUUCUGAAAGGAAUGGUUCACAUGGGCGUGCCGCUUCCUGCAGGGCGUACGCCAUCGGAGAAAUCGCUUAUCGCGAGAGUUAAGGCCGCAGCAAGAGCGCCUUCGUUAGCUGGAAUUCCUUCAGAAAAACUCCGAAAAGCAAGAGCAGCUGGAUUACUUACUCCACUGGAAGGUAAAACACCAGAUCAAAAGGAAAAAAUUCUUAAAGGGCUAGCAAUGCACGGUGUUCCUCUUCCUACAGCUAAAACACCGGCUGAAAAAAAAAUAAUGGAUAAAGUGCGCGCUGAUCUUGGUCUACCACCAACACCCAAAACAGCAGCAGAUAAGGAAAGAUAUGGCAAAGCGGCUGCUGCAGGUAUUUUAGUUCCACUAGAAGGCAAGACUCCACAGGAAAAAGAAAAGAUUCUUAGAGCUCAAGCUGAAUGGGAAUACCGCUUCCAGAAGGGCGGACGCCAUCUGAAAAAGCUAUGA